AUGGAUCAAUUAAAACUACUGAAGGCAGAAAGAAGCCAUGCGAAGGCAAGCAUCACGCGUUUGCUAACGGCGUCACAAGAUCCACGUGCGGGAUCACCCUGGGAACUGGACGAAAUAACAGUGUCAUUGGAUAGGCUCAAUACCGUUUGGAAGGAAUUGGCCCUUUUCGACGAGAAAGAGGGAGCAGAUGUAUCAAUACUGCGCAAAGUAACAGACGGAGCUACAGAGAUUGUACGAGGCUUGGAUGCAGCAGGGCAAACAAACAGGGACUGCUGGGUAAUUCAUUUCAUUCUGGCCAAGAUUGACGCUGAAACUCGACGCAAGUGGUUUGAGGGCAGCCGUAAAAUGGAAUCGCCGACUGUGGACGAUCUACUCAAGUUUUUAGACCGCCGCUGCGAGGAAUUUGAGCUCAGCAAAAGUGAGCCUGACAAAGUCUUCCAAGUUGGCUCACAGCAAAACAAAGCCAAGCGAUCAUCACACGCCUUGGUAUCAACGGAGGAAGGUGCUUGUGUUAAGUGUAACUCCAAGGAGCACAAGAUCUUUAUUUGCCCAAAGUUUAUGGACUUAUCAGUCGAGCAGAGACGCACUUUUGUUAAAGCUAAAUCCUUGUGCUUUAAUUGCUUGAAGUUCGGGCAUGUGUCACGCAAGUGUGAAUCCAAAUUCACAUGCAGAACUUGUCACAAUCGUCACCACUCUCUACUACACGUAGAAGAUUCUACUGCACACGCCGCUGUAACCAGGACACAUUCAACGGAUGAGGAGCAGUGCGACCUCGGCGCUCCAGAGGAUACAACGGUGACAUUCAGCAACAUUGCUCGUGUACAAGACACUCCAUUCGCUGAAUCUUCGUACAACGGAUCAGCUACUACUACACAGCCACAAGGGUUACGGAAAAGCGCAUUGCCCACAGCUCUAGUACUCGUUCGCAACGCCAAAGGAUCACACACUUCCUGUCGGGUGCUUUUGGACAGUGGUUCGGAACUCUCAUACAUCUCCGAGCGAUGCGUGCAGGCGCUCGGCCUGGCGCGCUUGCCAUCAAGAAUUUUGGUGUCGGGAACUUCUUCGAUCAAGGCUGAGACAACUAGAGGCUGCAGCGCACUGGAUAUUCAGUCAAGAAUAUCAGAACACACAAUGAAGGUAGGUGCCCACGUACCCAGCAAAAUUACCUCCACGUUGGCAAGACACAAUAUCAACGCCUCAGCACUUAAGGCGUUCGAUGGCUUGGACCUUGCAGAUUCUGACUACCAAUCGUUGGCGCCAGUAGAUAUUCUCUUGGGCAGCGAUUGUGUUUGGACCGUGUUCACUGGUAAAAAGCUGUUCGACAGCCAGGGGAAGAUCAUCGCCAUUUCGACCAUAUUUGGAAGGGUCAUUACUUCGUUCGUGACUACAGGCUCUUCAUCUACAACAACUAUGCACACGGCUAUUGACAUUAAUGCAUCACUUCGACGCUUUUGGGAGCUGGAGGAUGGCAACCAAUAG